AUCAACAUUGGCCGCCGAGGCACGUGACGGCUGUGCUUUGGCAGGUCAUGUGACAGGCAGCUGAGGGUUCUGCGGGUGUGCCAUGGCAGAUCUCUUCGGUACUGGGUAUUGGGCGCUGGAUACCAUGGCAACUGCUCGGCCCUGAUGCACUGUGGGAAAGAGGAAGAGGACCCCAACGUUCCCUUUACAGCAGAGACCCCCCCCGCUUGUCGGAUAUAUUUGCUUCUAACUUUUGGUGCUGCGGAGUGUGAGCAAAAUGGUUGAUUUCCUGGCAGAGAAUAACCUCUGUGGCCAAGCCAUUCUGCGCAUUGUGUCCCGAGGAAACGCCAUCAUAGCAGAACUCUUACGGCUCUCGGAAUUUGUCCCCAGUGUGUUCCGGCUUAAAGACAAAGCAGAUCAGCAGAAAUAUGGAGAGAUCAUAUUCGAUUUUAGUUACUUCAAGGGGCCUGAGCUCUGUGAGGGGAGACUGGAAGCCAAACCAGAGCUCCAGGAUCUGGAUGAAGAAUUCCGUGAAAACAACAUAGAAAUACUCACAAGAUUUUACUUGGCUUUUGAAAGUGUCCACAAGUAUAUUGUUGAUUUGAACAGGUAUUUGGAGGAUCUUAAUGAAGGAAUUUACAUUCAGCAAACCUUGGAAACGGUGCUUCUGAAUGAGGAUGGGAAACAGCUGCUGUGUGAGGCGCUGUAUCUGUAUGGCGUGAUGCUGCUGGUAAUAGACCAGAAGAUCGAAGGGGAGGUGCGGGAGAGAAUGCUGGUCUCAUAUUAUAGAUACAGUGCAGCAAGGUCCUCUGCUGAUUCAAAUAUGGAUGAUAUCUGCAAGCUGCUUAGAAGCACGGGCUACUCCAGCCAGCCAGGUGCUAAAAGACCCCCAAAUUACCCAGAGAGCUACUUCAGCCGGGUGCCAAUCAGUGACACUUUUAUUAGCAUGGUGAUUGGCAGACUGAGAUCCGAUGAUAUCUAUAACCAAGUGUCGGCCUAUCCAUUGCCAGAGCACCGUAGUACAGCACUUGCCACACAGGCUGCCAUCUUGUAUGUCAUCCUCUACUUCCACCCACCAACUUUGCAAACCCACCAAGCCAAAAUGAGGGAAAUAGUGGAUAAGUAUUUCCCCGAUAACUGGGUUAUCAGCAUCUAUAUGGGGAUUACUGUGAAUCUGAUGGAAGUCUGGGAGCCCUACAAGGCUGCAAAGACUGCUCUGAAUUACACACUGGACCUGCCCAAUAUCAAGGAGCAGUCGUCCAGGUAUGCAAAAAUUAUUGAGAGCCUGCACCCCCAGGUUCAGCAGUUCCUGAAGGAGGGCUUUCUCCGAGAGGAGUUUGUGCUUGAUAACAUCCCAAAGCUGUUGAAUUGUCUGCGCGACUGCAAUGUCGCCAUCCGGUGGCUAAUGCUUCACACGGCUGAUUCUGCUUAUGAUCCAAACAACAAACGGCUUCGCCAGGUGAAAGAUCAGGUUCUUGCUGAUUCCAAGUACAACCCGAAGAUUCUGUUCCAGUUGCUGCUGGAUACUGCACAGUUUGAGUUCUUGCUAAAGGAGAUGUUCAAACAGAUGCUUUCAGAGAAGCAAAACAAAUGGGAGAGCUAUAAGAGAGAAGGAUCAGAAAGAAUGACGGAGCUUGCGGAUGUUUUCUCUGGAGUCAAACCCCUUACCAGGGUAGAGAAAAAUGAGCACUUGCAAUCCUGGUUCAGAGAGAUUGCCAAACAAAUCCACUCCUUAAAUUAUGAUGAUUCCACCGCGGCUGGGAGAAAGACUGUUCAGCUCAUCCAGGCACUUGAAGAAGUCCAAGAAUUCCACCAGCUGGAGACGAACCUUCAAGUGUGCCAGUUUUUAGCUGAUACCCGCAAGUUCCUCCAUCAGAUGAUCCGCACCAUUAACAUUAAAGAGGAAGUUCUAAUCACUAUGGAGAUUGUGGGUGAUCUCUCAUACGCCUGGCAGCUGAUCGACAGCUUCACAUCAAUCAUGCAAGAGAGUAUCAGAGCCAACCCAUCGAUGGUUACCAAACUGAGAGCCACUUUCCUUAAGCUGGCUUCUGCCCUUGAUUUGCCCUUGCUACGCAUCAAUCAGGCAAACAGCCCUGACCUCCUCAGUGUAUCACAGUACUAUUCAGGAGAGCUGGUUUCCUAUGUCAGGAAGGUUCUGCAGAUCAUCCCAGAGAGCAUGUUUACGUCCCUAGCCAAGAUCAUCAAGUUGCAGACGCAUGACAUUAUCGAAGUACCAACCCGAUUGGACAAGGACAAACUGAGAGAUUACGCUCAGCUUGGAGCUAGAUAUGAGGUUGCCAAGUUGACCAACGCCAUUUCAAUCUUUACUGAAGGAAUUCUAAUGAUGAAGACUACACUUGUGGGCAUAAUCAAGGUGGACCCAAAGCAGCUUUUGGAAGACGGUAUCAGGAAGGAGCUGGUUAAAAGAGUUGCUGUAGCGCUACACAAAGGGCUUAUCUUCAACUCCAGAGCAAAGCCCAGUGAACUGCUGCCAAAGCUAAAAGAAAUGGCAGCUACCAUGGAUGGAUUUCAUCGCUCCUUCGAGUACAUACAGGACUAUGUCAGCAUUUAUGGCUUGAAGAUUUGGCAAGAGGAAGUAUCUCGUAUUGUUAAUUACAAUGUUGAACAGGAAUGCAACAACUUCCUGAGAACAAAGAUUCAAGACUGGCAGAGCAUGUAUCAGUCAACGCACAUCCCUAUUCCUAAAUUCCCUCCUGUGGAUGAGUCCAUGACGUUUAUAGGACGCCUGUGUCGGGAAAUCCUGAGAAUCACCGACCCGAAGGUAACGUGUUACAUAGAUCAGAUGAACACAUGGUACGACAUGAGAACUCACCAGGAAGUCACUAACAACCACCUCUUCUCAGAGAUCAAUGAUUCCCUGGGAACGUUUGGAUUGAACGGCUUGGACAGGUUACUUUGCUUUAUGAUAGUGAAGGAACUGCAGAACUUCAUUCGUUUGUAUCAGAGGUUAAUUCUGAAGGAUAAAAGUGCUCAGGAGACAUUACGGGCCUUGCAGAAGGUAGUGACUCCUGUUAAAGGGAUUGUAGCAAAUUCUGCCAAAAUAUACUCUGCUGCCAUCGCCAAAACCCAGAAAGUCUGGCCUGCUUAUCUCGAUGCUAUAAUGAAGGUUGGACAGAUGCAAGUUUUAAGGCAAAAAAUUGCCAAUGAGUUAAACUACUCCUGUAAAUUUGAUUCUAAGCACUUGGCUGCAUCGCUAGAGAACUUCAAUGAAGCCAUAUUGGCUGAUAUACAAGCCCACUACCAGGACCCCAGCCUUCCCUGCCCACGAGAAGACAAUACUCUUUUAUAUGAGAUCACCGCAUACCUGGAAGCGGCCGGGACUCACAACCCCUUGAAUAAAAUUUACAUUACUACCAAGCAGCUCUCCUUCUUCCCCAUCGUGAAUUUCCUGUUUCUGAUUGGCCAGUUGCCAAAGCUGCAGUAUAACAAGAACCUAGGAAUGACAUGCAGGAAGCCGGCAGAUCCGAUCGAUUGGGUGCCAUUGGUCCUGGGACUACUAACACUGCUCAAACAGUUCCAUUCCCGUUACACCGAACAGUUUCUAGCCCUAAUAGGACAAUUUAUUCGCUCGUCAUUGGAGCAAAGCACAAGCCAGAAGAUCCCAGAAAUGCCGGCAGAUGUUGUGAGUGCACUUAUGUUCCUGGAAGAUUAUGUCCAUUUUGCUAAACUGCCAAGAAGGGUUGUUGAAGCACAUGUGCCUAAUUUUAUUUUUGAUGAAUUCAGGACGACACAGUGACCCGCAGGGUUCUCCACAGUGAUUGGCUAUUUGGGAGUGACUUGGCUAUUUGGGAGUCAUGUUUACUAACACUGGUACAAGGGCUAGACAACAAGGCUGACGAUCAAGCAAGCCCUGUACUUUACACUUAUUAGCUAGAAAUAGAAUCCAGGGUUCCUUUUGCUCACUGUAGCCCACAAAUUCACACACAGAGUUAUGUGUCCAUCAUCUUUCUGUCUGACACAAAUUGUUCCAUGAAACAUUUUGCCUCUAUUUGCGGGAGGUGCAAAAACAGUGCCACCUGCUGGUCAGUUCCUCAGACUGUACAGAACGAGAG